CUUCCCUGCCUGCCUGCCUGCCUGCCUGAGAAAGAACAAGAAGAGAAUAAGACUAUCUUUGGCCGAUUCAUGGGACGAACAAGAUCGCGGAGGCCAAGGAGACAAAAGCUCGAAAGAUUGUGUCCAUCUUCCAAAAAUUGGCCCUUGGCCUUCCAGUCAGAACGCGAGCAAUGACAAACACAUCGAGCUAACCCUUAGCACAUUCAACUCCGAGAGCAAUGAGCCAAACAUAUUAGUAAUUGCACCUCUCCGGUUAUCCACAUUUCUUGCUUUCUGCCCCGCAGCAUCACGGUCAAACUUCGAGACGCACGCACUCACUCAUUCGCUCAUCGCGACUCCGAGAGCUCAACAUUUUGCCAAGUGAAAAGAAAAACACUCUUCGGAGGUUUGGGUACAAAUUCAGAGUUCGCCAUGCAAAAUGUCACAGAAGCCCGUUCAAACAGUUCUCCCAUUUUGACAACGGAAGGCAUGAGUCCUCGAGCCAGCAAAGAGAAUAGUCCCAAACUUGGCUCUGAUCAUCCAACCAAACACGAUCACGACACAUCUGUUCUCAAUUCCGACGAUCAUGUCGGGGACGGUGGUGGAGGUGGUGGAGGUGGUGGAAGUGGUGGAGGUGGUGGUAGUGGUGGUAAUGGUGGUGGCGGAGCCGCAUCCAAUGGUCAUUCAGAGAAUGGGCGAGCUCCGGGGAACGAAGUCGGUGUGAACAAUUGCAAAGAUCACCACUCGUCUGCGGAACCCCUUUCACAUUCGGUGGCCCGAGAUUCUGGCAGCCCCAAAGCCAGCAAUAGCACCAUUAGCCAAUCCAAUGUGAGCUCCCAGGCGUUGGCCAACAGUUUUACCCCAGCUGAUAAUACCGGCUCAUCCGCGUUCCAUUCUGACCCUCAAAAAUCAGCCUUUCUCGUGACCAAACCUGUCGUCGACGACUAUGUUGGCCAACAAAGCAUGCCGUCCCAAGCCCAUGGGAUGCUUCAGCCACAGCAGCAUCAGAGUCAGCUCUACCAUCAAGACAAUUCACAGCCUGAAGUGAUGAAGUUCAAUAAUAAUCAAGCCCAGCAAUCAUCCCAACAUCCUCCUCCGGCUGAGUACAAUAACUUCCGUCAUAAUGGUUUGAAUCCAAUGGCCCAACAAGCUAAUGCAGGCAACUGGGGAGCAUUGGAUGAGAUCAAUUCGAUCAAUUAUGGCCAACCACCCCCACCCAACCACAACAUGGCAAUGAUGGCUGGAAGCGGUAUGAACCCGCAAAUGUCUCAGAUGGCUCGACGGUCACUCAAUGCGGCUCCUCAACAUUGGCAACCCAUGCAACAGCAACAGCAACGUCAACAACAACACCAGCAACAACAACAACAACAACAACAACAACAGCAGCAUAGCUACCCACAACAGAAUCAGUACAUGCUGAAUCAGCAACGUGGUGCAUUUGGACCCCAUAAUCCAGCCGCCGGGUGUUGGUCCAAUCCUAGUCAAAAUAAUUGGUCCACCGGAAUGGCACCGAUGGGUAUGAAUCCCAACAUGGGCAGUUGGAAUCGGGGCGGAUCCCGUGGAUCUGGCCAGCAAAAAAACCAAAGAAUGUUCAAUUCCUAUCAGUCUCAACAAAGUGGUGGCUACAUGGGUCAUCAUGGUGGUGGCGGUGGUAUGGGACGAAAGCCUCACAACGGAUUCUCUGGAAAGAUGAACAUUAUGGGAGGCAGCGAUGAACACGCGAGUCCUUUGGAUUCUAUGAGAAGACUAGAACAAUUCCUACCCCAUGAUGGUGGACCAAAAGGUAUUCACCAACAAUUUUCAAAGUCAAACCAUUUUAACAAAGGCAAAUCCAAUAUGAUGGGUGAGGACUACCAUGGGCACGGUGUUGGCGGAGAUGAAUCCGGAUUUGAUGGGAAUGGAGGUGGAUCUGCUGGGGCGUUCUUUUCUUCCGCUCGUUCCUCACCCAGAAGCCAAGGCUCUCAAUUUGAUGCGAAUGGCGAACGAUUCUCGAGAAAAGUGUUUGUUGGUGGACUACCACCAGAUAUCGACGAAGAUGAGAUUACGGCCAGUUUCCGAAGAUUCGGCCCUUUGGUGGUAGAUUGGCCCCAUAAGGCGGAGAGUAAAUCCUAUUUUCCACCCAAGGGUUAUGCCUUCCUUCUAUUUCAGGAUGAGUCGUCGGUCCAAGCAUUGAUCGAUGCUUGCAUUCAAGAUGAAGAGAAACUUUACUUGUGCGUGUCCUCGCCAACUAUCAAAGACAAACCCGUGCAGAUUCGCCCUUGGAGAUUGUCUGAUGCGGACUUUGUUUUGGAUGCAUCCCUCCCGUUGGAUCCAAGAAAGACUGUUUUUGUGGGAGGAGUGCCUCGGCCAUUAAAAGCAGUCGAAUUGGCCAUGAUUAUGGAUCGCUUGUACGGUGGAGUCUGUUACGCCGGGAUUGACACGGAUCCCGAGUUAAAAUACCCAAAGGGAGCUGGACGUGUGGCUUUCUCGAAUCAGCAGAGCUAUAUUGCUGCCAUUAGUGCUCGCUUUGUUCAAUUACAACACGGCGAUAUCGACAAGAGGGUCGAGGUCAAGCCAUACGUCUUAGAUGAUCAAUUGUGCGACGAAUGUCAAGGAGCACGCUGUGGAGGCAAAUUUGCACCCUUCUUCUGUGCAAAUGUCACGUGUUUACAGUAUUACUGCGAGCAAUGUUGGGCGAAUAUCCAUUCUCGACCCGGUCGUGAGUUCCACAAACCGUUGGUGAAAGAAGGAGCGGAUCGGCCUCGGACUGUUCCAUUUCGCUGGUGCUGAAUGUCCCCCGGAAGUUCAACAACCACCCACAAGAAACCAACCUAGUCAAAUUAUGAGCCUCGCGAGCUAGUUUCCCACCACCGUUGGGCAGCUACCGAGAUGACUCACAUUUUAGUGCGAUUUUCCCGGUCAGAGACGCAAUACGAGUAUCUUACUGCAAAUUUUCAACAGACGACACACACCUUCACCAAAUGAGGACACAAGACAACCCGGUCUCGAGGCUCUCAAGAAACCGCCCUCUAUCUAGAAAUGAAUAACGAAUCUUAGCUGUUAAUGAUCCCAAAGCUUGACUCACUGACCUUCCUUAACCCACCCCCUGGCCCCUGGCCCCUGGCCCCUGGCCCCUGGCCCCUGGCCCCUGAACAACUCCUCCCGCUUUAGCAAUUACAUACGUUGGAGGGUUCCCCUAUUUCAGUUCUGUUUGAUGUCGACGGAAAUUUUUAAAGUGGACUAUUUUGGGAGAUAUUUUCAACUUUCGCUUUGAAAUUGUCAAGAUCGAGCCGUAUUUUCAUACUUCUGUCGCCACAUCACCACCACCCGCACACCGUCCCGCCCCGCGGUGGAUUGAUUGAUUGAUUGAUUGAUUGAUUCAUUCUCUUGAGUCAUUCAUUCAUUCAGCUAUUAUCAACAGUCUUAGCAAAUAAAUUUGCCUCUAUUGUAACACGCGUCACCAAAGCUGACAAUACCCCAACAGCCCCCCCAACAGC